AUGUAUAGCUCAGCAGCGAAGCGGCUUCUCCAUCUCUUUGGUACAUCCUUGGGUAGCAGUACCAACCACCGUAUUAUUCGUUACCGCCCUCUUCAAUCCCUCAUUAGUCGUUCUCACUUUUCCACAACUGUGAACUCUGAAUCUUUCGUCAAUCAAAGCCCUAACUUUCAAAACUCCACAUCGUCAACGGCCAAUCAAAUCCCUAAUUUUUCAAAUACCACGUCGUCAACGGCUGAUCACACUAGGAGACCAAGAGCGGAAUACCAAGAUGAGCAAGCUCGUGUGCUCCAAGCCUCACUCCCCCAUGUUAUAAGGUUGGGAUGGAGCGAAGCGGCUAUGAUUGCUGGUGCAAGGGAUGUUGGUCUGUCUCCAUCGAUUGUCAGAUCAUUUCCAAGGAAGGAGGGUAUGCUCGUUGAGUUUUUCAUGGAUGACUGUUUGCAAAGGCUUAGUGAUAUGAUCGACUCUAGUACAGAGGAGUUAAAAAGUUUGAUACCAAGUGAGAGGAUCACAAAGCUUGUGAAGAUUCGCUUGGAAAUGCAGGCACCCUACAUAUCGAAGUGGCCACAAGCUCUUAGCAUCCAGGCACAACCAGUGAAUGUACCCACAAGUUUUAAGCAGAGGGCGAUGCUUAUGGAUGAGAUCUGGCAUGGUGCUGGCGACGACACAGCUGAUUUUCAGUGGUAUGUGAAGCGGACUGUCCUUGGAGGUAUAUACUCCACAACCGAGAUUUACAUGCUUACUGAUAAUUCCCCCGAUUUUUGUGAUACAUGGGCAUUCUUGGAUGAUCGGGUGAAAGAUGCUUUUGACUUGAAGAAAACCGUCCAAGAGGCAACAUACUUGGCAGAAGCUGUUGGUGCUGGGAUGGGGACUUCUUUGCAAGGAUUUGUGAAGAGAGUCUUUCAGGGCUAA